AUGAAAAUACAACUUUUUGCACUCUCAAUCAUUUUAAUUAGUGGAAGUGAGUGUCAGUUAAAGCAAUAAUCUUGCAAAGACUUCAAGACUAAAUAGUUAUGCAUUAGUACAGACUGGAAUGCUUCAAAAUGUUAUUGGAAAGAUGGUUGUUAAACUUACAGUUAUUCAUCUUGUUAUUACUCCUUCAGUGAAUAUGAGUGUUUAGAGAGGCCCGAUAAUUCAUGUUAUUGGUAAAAUGGGGAGUGUUUAGCAAAGUAUUAUAUCAUAAUAUUCUUCAAAAGUGAAGUUAAAUGUGAAAAUAUUAAGAGCUAUGACGAAUGCAGUCGUAUAUCAAAAGGAUAAACAGUAUCUUGUACAUGGAAGCACGGGCGUUGUUACUCUGUUGAGAAAUGUUCCGAAAUAACAGAUUUCAAAUAAUGCAGAAACGCUUAUAUGAAAGACAGGUAUUAAAAAUUCAUAUUUUUAAAAGAUGCCAGUAUGUUAUUAAUAACGUAGCUUCUGAUAAAGAGAAGGAGUAUAUCUUUGCUGCAGAAAUGUUUGAUUAUAACAGUUGCAAAAAUGAAGAUUGCGUAUUUACCCUACAUUCUUUUUGUCCUGAAUUUAUUAAUGGAAGAAAAUGUUUCUUAAAAUCAGGAUUAUGCACAUAAUGUUCAUAUCAAACCAAUGCAUCUGAUUGUAUAUCCACUUAACAAUGUACUUGGCAAAAUCAUGAGUGCUCAAAUAUUCUGUAAUAUUUUGUUACUAUUAUUAAUAGAUGUUCUCAAAUCAAAAGUAAAAGAUUGUGUAAUGAAUUCAGCUAUUGCCAAUAUGAUUUUACUACUUAAAGUUGUUAGAUCAAAAAUAGCGAUAAGAAUAGUCAUUGUUAUAAUUAUAACAUUAGAUCUGAUCCUAUAAAAACAAAAUAUAAUAGUUUCUUUGGUUUAUGA